AUGGAGCCCGAGGAGACGCGGGAGCUGCUCCUGCCCAGCUGGACGGGCAGCGGCUCCCACGGCAUCACCAUCGCCCAGACCGACGACGGCGUCUUCGUGCGCCGCGUGCAGCAGAACUCGCCGGCCGCGCGCAUGGGCGUGGUGCAGGAAGGGGAUCAGAUCGUCGGUGCCACCGUUUACUUUGACAAGCUGCAGUCGGGGGAGGCGGCGCAGCUGCUGCAGAGCCUGGGCCAGCACACGCUGGGGCUGCGGCUGCACAGCGGCGCGGGGACCCGCUCGCCCACGGCCGGACACGGCUGCGGCCACGGCUGCGGCCAGCCCGGACACGGCCACGGCUGCGGCCAGCUGGACUUGGUGCCCGGCAGCCCCGAGGUGGUGCUGAGCGGCGAUGAUGAGGAGUACCGGCGCAUCUACACCACCAAGAUCAAACCGCGGCUCAGGAGCGAGGAGGGCCCCGAGGCCGAGGGGACGCAGAGCAGAACCAUCACGGUCACCCGCAGGGUCACCGCCUACACCGUGGAUGUCUCCGGCCGCGACGGCGACCUCGCCCUCGCCGACGUCCGAGCGGGGCCGGGCCACCCGCCCGGGACGCCCGAGGGGCUUCACCUGAGCCAAAUUCCCGCUGGAGAAACUGGAAAAUCCCUGCCGGGCUGGAAGGGCCCCGGGGCCUCGCCGGCGUCGCCGCGGGUGGAGGCCAACGGACAGUUUGGGGAGCUGGACGGGUCCCUGCCCGUGGCCGGAGGGGCUCCGUGUCCCCACGGGGAGCUCAGCGGCUCCUCCCCAGUGGACGUGGGGAAAGUCAAGAUCCCGACGCUAAAAAUCCCCAAAUUCGGGUUCCAGGCUGGCGGCGAAGCUCCGGCCCCGCAGGUGGACGUCACCGCCCCGGUGCCACAGGUGGACGUGGCGGUCAAAGGUGCCACCAAGGUCCCCUGCCCUCCACCGGACGUAGAGGUUCCAGCCACGGAUGGCGCCAAGGGGAAAAUCAAAAUCCCGCACUUGACCUUCCCCAAAUUCACCGCCCAGGGCGACGGCGGCGCCGCCGUGGAUGUCCCCAAGGGCGUGGCCGUCCCCAAGGGCGUGGCCGUCCCCGAGGGCGUGGCCCUGCCCGAGGUGGCCCUGGAAGGAGAAUGGAAAGGCCCCACCUUCAAGAAGGUGGAAACGCCCCAAAUUUCGCUGUCGGACGUGAACCUGAACCUGAGGGGCCCCAGAGGGGAAGGGGACCCCAAAGGCCUCGGCCCCAAGGGGCUCCAGGUGGAGCUGAAGGGUCCCCAGGUGGACGUGGCCGGGCCUGGGGGCGGCCUGAAGGGCGUGGAGGUGGACACGAAGGGGCUGAAGGGAGGAGUGGACGCGUCCGUGCCCACCCUGGGGGGCGAAGUGAGGGGGCCACAGCUGGACCUGAAAGGGCCCCAAAUUGGGGUGGGGGUGCCCGAGAUGAGCAUCAAGAGCCCCCAGGUGUCCGUGCCCGACGCCGACCUGAGCCUCAAAGGGCCCGGAGUGAAGGGAGCUCUGGAUGUUUGCGCCCCAAAACUGGAAGGGGAACUGAAGAGCCCCGGGCUGGACAUCAAAGGGCCCAGAGUGGAGGUGGGGAGCCCAGAAAUGGAGAUCCAGGGGCCCGAGGGGAAGCUGAGGUUCCCCAAGCUGAAAAUGCCCAAAUUUGGGGUGAAGGGAGAGAGCCCCAGCGCCGAGGUGACCCUUCCCAAAGGGGGCGUGGACGUCUCCUGCCCCAAGGUGGACGUCAGCGCCCCGAGUGUGGACAUCAAAGGCCCCAAGGUGGACGUUGAGGCGCCCGAAGUGGACGUGCAGGGCCCCGAGGGGAAAUUCAAGAUGCCCAAAUUCAAAAUGCCCAAAUUUGGGAUGCCCGGGGUGAAAGCAGAAGGUCCCGAGCUGGACGUGAACCUCCCAAAGGGCGGCGUGGAGGUGUCCGGCCCCAAGGUGGACGUUGAGGCGCCGAGUUUGGACAUCCAGGCCCCCAAAAUCUCCGUGCCGGACGUUGGGGUGACCCUGAACGGUGCCAAGGCCAGCGGCGACCUGGACGUGUCCGUGCCGGGUUUGAAGGGCCCCGAGCUGGACAUCAAAGGCCCCAAAGUCGAGGUUGAAGCGCCAAAUUUGGACGUUCAAGGCCCCGAGGGCAAACUGAGGUUCCCCAAGAUGAAAAUGCCCAAAUUUGGGGUGAAGGGAGAGAGCCCCGAGCUCGAGGUGACCCUUCCCAAAGGGGACGUGGACGUUUCGGGCCCCGGCGUCGCCGUUGAGGUCCCCGGCGUGGACCUGAAGGGCCCCAAGGUGAAGGUGCCCGAGGUGGGCAUCAAAACCCCCCAGAUCUCCAUGCCCGACAUCGACCUGAGCCUCAAAGGGCCCAAAGUCAAGGCAGAUUUGGACGUUUCCACCCCAAAACUGGAAGGGGAGCUGAAGACCCCCGGGCUGGAGGUCAAAGGGCCCAAAGUCGAGGUUGAAGCGCCAAAUUUGGACGUUCAAGGCCCCGAGGGCAAACUGAGGUUCCCCAAGAUGAAAAUGCCCAAAUUUGGGGUGAAGGGAGAGAGCCCCGAGCUCGAGGUGACGCUUCCCAAAGGGGGCGUGGACAUUUCGGGCCCCGGCGUCGCCGUUGAGGUCCCCGGCGUGGACCUGAAGGGCCCCAAGGUGAAGGUGCCCGAGGUGGGCAUCAAAACCCCCCAGAUCUCCAUGCCCGACAUCGACCUGAGCCUCAAAGGGCCCAAAGUCAAGGCAGAUUUGGACGUUUCCACCCCAAAACUGGAAGGGGAGCUGAAGACCCCCGGGCUGGAGGUCAAAGGGCCCAAAGUCGAGGUUGAAGCGCCAAAUUUGGAUGUCCAAGGCCCCGAGGGCAAACUGAAGUUCCCCAAGAUGAAAAUGCCCAAAUUUGGGGUGAAGGGAGAGAGCCCCGAGCUCGAGGUGACGCUCCCCAAGGGGGAGGUGGACAUCAGCACCCCCAAAGUGGACAUCAGCGCCCCCAAAGUGGACAUUUCUGCCCCCAAAGUGGACAUUUCUGCCCCCAAGGUGGACAUUUCGGCCCCCAAGGUGGACAUCAAUGCCCCCAAAGUGGACAUCAGCGCCCCCAGCGUGGACGUGGAAGGGCCGGAGGUGAAAGGGAAAGGCCUCAAGUUCAAAAUGCCCGAACUCAAUGUUCAGACCCCCAAACUCUCCAUGCCCGAUGUGGAUCUGGGCUUGAAGGCCCCGAAAAUCAAAGGGGACCUCGGAAUUUCUGGGCUGAAGGGCCCGAAGAUCGACGUGAAAGGCCCCAAAGUGGACGUGGAAAGUGCCAGAAUCGACGUGCAAGGUCCCAAGGUGGAUGUGGGAGGUCCCAAGGUGGAUGUGGAAGGUCCCAAGGUGGAUGUGGACGUGCCUGAGGUGGACGUGGAGUGUCCAGAAGGGAAGAUGAAAGGCCCCAAAUUCAAGAUGCCCAAACUCAACAUCAAAUCCCCCAAAAUCUCGAUGCCGGACGUGGAUUUGAACCUGAAGGGACACAAAGUGAAGGGAGAGGUGGACGUGUCCCUCCCCAAGGUCGAAGGUGACCUCAAGGGGCCGAAGGUGGACGUGGAGGUCCCGGACGUGCACCUGGAGGGUCCAGAGGCCAAACUGAAAAUGCCCAAAAUGAAAUUGCCUCAUUUCAACGUGUCCGGCCCCAAAAUGGAGGGGCCCGAGGUGGACGUGACCCUGCCCAAAGGAGAGGUGGACGUCUCGGGGCCGGAGGUGGACAUUGAGGGUCCAGAGGUGGACGUUGGAGGAGUGGAAGGGAAAUGGAAAGGUCCCAAGUUCCGGAUGCCCAAACUCAACAUCAAAUCCCCCAAAAUCUCGAUGCCGGACGUGGAUUUGAACCUGAAGGGACCCAAAGUGAAGGGAGACGUGGACGUGACCCUCCCCAAGGUGGAGGGGGAGUUGAAAGCUCCAGAAGUGGACGUCAAAGGCCCCAAGGUGGACGUGGAGGUGCCCGGCGUGGAUUUGGAGGGGCCGGAGGGGAAGAUCAAAGGGCCCAAGUUCAAGAUGCCCGAGAUGCACAUCAAGACCCAGAAGAUCUCCAUGCCCGACGUGGACAUCAACCUCAAGGGCCCCAAAAUCAAGGGCGACGUGGACGUGUCCCUGCCAAAGCUGGAGGGUGACCUGAAGGGGCCUGAACUGGACAUCAAGGGCCCCAAAGUGGACAUUGAGGCUCCUGAUGUGGACAUUCAUGGUCCAGAGGGGAAAUUCAAGAUGCCCAAAUUCAAAAUGCCCAAAUUUGGGAUGAAGGGAGAAGGCCCCGAGGUGGACGUGAACCUCCCAAAAGGAGACCUGGAUGUGUCCGGCCCCAAGGUGGACAUUGAAGGGCCAGAGGUGGACAUUGACCUCCCAGAGGGGAAGGUGAAGGGCCCCAAGUUCAAGAUGCCCGAGAUGCAUUUUAAGACCCCCAAGAUCUCCAUGCCCGACAUUGAUUUGAAUCUAAAGGGUCCAAAACUGAAGGGCGAUGUCGAUGUCUCUGUACCAAAGCUCGAGGGUGACCUGAAAGGCCCCGAGAUUGACCUGAAGGGCCCCAAAGUGGACAUUGAGGCUCCUGACGUGGACAUCCACGGGCCUGAGGGGAAAUUCAAGAUGCCCAAAUUCAAAAUGCCCAAAUUUGGGAUGAAGGGAGAAGGCCCCGAGGUGGACGUGAACCUCCCAAAAGGAGACCUGGAUGUGUCCGGCCCCAAGGUGGACAUUGAAGGGCCAGAGGUGGACGUGGAGCUGCCGGAGGGGAAGGUGAAGGGUCCGAAAUUCAAAAUGCCCGAGAUGCACAUCAAGGCCCCCAAGAUCUCCAUGCCUGACGUUGAUUUCAACCUGAAGGGCCCCAAAAUCAAGGGUGACAUCGAUGUCUCUGCUCCAAAACUGGAAGGUGACCUGAAGGGGCCUGAACUGGACAUCAAAGGCCCCAAAGUGGACAUUGAAGCCCCUGAUGUGGACAUUCACGGGCCUGAGGGGAAAUUCAAGAUGCCCAAAUUCAAAAUGCCGAAAUUUGGGAUGCCCGGGGUCAAGGCAGAAGGCCCCGAGGUGGACGUGAACCUCCCGACAGGAAACCUGGAUGUGUCCGGCCCCAAGGUGGACAUUGAAGGGCCAGAGGUGGACAUUGAGGGGCCAGAGGGGAAGGUGAAGGGUCCGAAAUUCAAAAUGCCCGAGAUGAACAUCAAAGCCCCCAAGAUCUCCAUGCCUGACAUUGACUUCAACCUGAAGGGCCCCAAGGUCAAGGGUGACAUCGACGUCUCUGCUCCAAAGCUCGAGGGUGACCUGAAAGCCCCAGACAUCGACAUCAAGGGCCCCAAAGUGGACAUUGAGGCACCCGACGUGGACAUUCACGGUCCAGAAGGAAAAUUCAAGAUGCCCAAGUUCAAGAUGCCCAAAUUUGGGUUGAAGGGAGAAGGCCCUGAGGUGGACGUGAACCUCCCAAAAGGAGACCUGGAUGUGUCCGGCCCCAAGGUGGACGUUGAGAUGCCGAGUGUGGACAUUGAGGGGCCAGAGGGGAAGGUGAAAGGCCCCAAGUUCAAGAUGCCCGAGAUGAACAUCAAGGCCCCCAAGAUCUCCAUGCCUGACAUCGACCUGAACCUGAAGGGCCCCAAAGUCAAGGGGGGCGUUGAUGUCUCCAUCCCCAAGCUGGAGGGUGACCUGAAGGGGCCUGAACUGGACAUCAAAGGCCCCAAAGUGGACAUUGAGGCACCCGACGUGGACAUUCAUGGUCCAGAAGGAAAAUUCAAGAUGCCCAAGUUCAAAAUGCCCAAAUUUGGGAUGAAGGGGGAAGGCCCCGAGGUGGACGUGAACCUCCCAAAAGGAGACCUGGAUGUGUCCGGCCCCAAGGUGGACAUUGAAGGGCCAGAGGUGGACAUUGACCUCCCAGAGGGGAAGAUCAAAGGCCCCAAGUUCAAGAUGCCCGAGAUGCACAUCAAGGCCCCCAAGAUCUCCAUGCCUGACAUCGAUCUCAACCUCAAAGGCCCCAAACUCAAGGGGGGCGUUGAUGUCUCCAUCCCCAAAUUGGAGGGCGACCUGAAAGCUCCGGAUGUGAACAUUAAAGGUCCCAAGUUGGAUGUGGACGUUCCUGAGGUGGACGUUGAAGGUCCCGAGGGGAAGUGGAAGGGCCCCAAGCUCAAGAUGCCCGAGAUGAACAUCAAGGCGCCGAAAUUUUCUCUGCCUGAUGUCGACCUGAACCUGAAAGGUCCCAAAGUGAAGGGAGACGUGGGCGUGUCUGCCCCAAAAAUAGAAGGUGACGUGAAAGUGCCGGAUCUGGAGUUGAAAGGACCCAAAGUGGACGUGGAUGUCCCCGAUGUGGAGCUGGAGUGCCCCGAGGGGAAGAUCAAAGGGCCCAAGUUCAAGAUGCCUGAGAUGCACAUCAAGGCCCCCAAGAUCUCCAUGCCCGACUUUGAUCUCAACCUCAAGGGCCCCAAAGUGAAGGGAGACGUGGAUGUGUCCGUCCCAAAAAUUGAGGGAGAUUUGAAGGCCCCAGACAUCGACAUCAAAGGCCCCAAAGUCAAUGUGGAGCUCCCCGACGUGGAGCUGGAGUGCCCUGAGGGGAAACUGAAGGGCCCCAAGUUCAAGAUGCCCGAAAUGCACUUCAAAACCCCCAAAAUCUCCAUGCCCGACAUCGACCUCAACCUGAAGGGCCCCAAACUCAAGGGGGAUUUGGACAUUUCUGCUCCGAAACUGGAAGGUGACCUGAAGGGCCCAGACGUGGACAUCAAAGGCCCCAAGGUGGACAUCGAAGCCCCUGAUGUGGACAUUGACCUCCCCGAGGGGAAGGUGAAGGGCCCCAAGUUCAAGAUGCCCGAGAUGCACUUCAAGGCCCCCAAGAUCUCCAUGCCCGACUUCGAUCUGAACCUGAAGGGCCCCAAGGUCAAGGGUGACGUGGAUGUGUCCGUGCCGAAGCUUGAGGGGGACCUGAAAGGGCCGGAGGUGUCGCUGAAAGGUCCCAAAGUGGACGUGGAUGUCCCCGAUGUGGAGCUGGAGUGCCCCGAGGGGAAGAUCAAAGGGCCCAAGUUCAAAAUGCCCGAGAUGCACAUCAAGGCCCCCAAAAUCUCCAUGCCCGACUUUGAUCUCAACCUGAAGGGCCCCAAACUGAAGGGAGACGUGGAUGUUUCUGCUCCCAAGCUGGAAGGGGACCUGAAGGGGCCUGAGCUGGACAUCAAAGGCCCCAAAGUCGAUGUCAGCGUCCCCGACGUGGAGCUGGAGUGUCCUGAGGCGAAGCUGAAGGGCCCCAAGUUCAAGAUGCCCGAGAUGCACAUCAAGGCACCCAAGAUCUCCAUGCCCGACAUUGAUCUCAACCUGAAGGGCCCCAAAUUAAAGGGGGACGUCGAUGUCUCUGUUCCAAAGCUCGAGGGAGACCUGAAAGCCCCAGACAUCGACAUCAAGGGCCCCAAAGUCAAUGUGGACCUCCCCGAUGUGGAGCUGGAGUGUCCUGAGGGGAAGAUCAAAGGGCCCAAGUUCAAGAUGCCCGAGAUGCACAUCAAGGCCCCCAAGAUCUCCAUGCCUGACGUUGAUUUCAACCUGAAGGGCCCCAAAAUCAAGGGUGACAUCGACGUCUCUGCUCCAAAGCUCGAGGGUGACCUGAAGGGGCCUGAACUGGACAUCAAGGGCCCCAAAGUGGACAUUGAGGCACCCGACGUGGACAUUCACGGGCCUGAGGGGAAAUUCAAGAUGCCCAAGUUCAAAAUGCCCAAAUUUGGGAUGAAGGGAGAAGGCCCCGAGGUGGACGUGAGCCUCCCAAAAGGAGACCUGGAUGUGUCCGGCCCCAAGGUGGACAUUGAAGGGCCAGAGGUGGACAUUGACCUCCCAGAGGGGAAGGUGAAGGGCCCCAAGUUCAAGAUGCCCGAGAUGCAUUUUAAGACCCCCAAGAUCUCCAUGCCCGACAUCGACCUCAACCUGAAGGGCCCCAAAUUGAAGGGGGACAUCGAUGUUUCUGCUCCAAAGCUGGAAGGAGACCUGAAGGGCCCUGAAGUUGACAUCAAGGGCCCCAAAGUCAACGUGGACCUCCCUGAUGUUGAUUUGGAAGGGCCAGAGGGGAAGAUCAAAGGGCCCAAGUUCAAGAUGCCCGAGAUGCACAUCAAGGCCCCCAAGUUCUCCAUGCCCGACGUUGAUUUCAGCCUGAAGGGCCCCAAAGUCAAAGGUGACAUCGACAUCUCUUUCCCCAAGCUGGAAGGGGACCUAAAAGGCCCCGAAAUCGACAUCAAGGGCCCCAAAGUGGACGUUGAGGCACCUGACGUGGACAUUCAUGGCCCAGAAGGGAAAAUAAAAUUCCCCAAGUUCAAAAUGCCCAAAUUUGGGAUGCCCGGGGUCAAGGCAGAAGGUCCCGAGCUGGACGUGAACCUCCCGACAGGAAACCUGGAUGUGUCCGGCCCCAAGGUGGACAUUGAAGGGCCAGAGGUGGACAUUGACCUCCCCGAGGGGAAGGUGAAGGGCCCCAAGUUCAAGAUGCCCGAGAUGCACAUCAAGGCCCCCAAGAUCUCCAUGCCCGACGUUGACUUCAACCUCAAAGGCCCCAAACUGAAGGGGGACGUUGAUGUUUCUGUUCCCAAACUCGAGGGUGACCUGAAAGCCCCAGACAUCGACAUCAAGGGCCCCAAAGUCGACGUUGAUCUCCCUGACGUUGAGUUGGAGGGGCCCGAGGGGAAGAUCAAAGGGCCCAAGUUCAAGAUGCCCGAGAUGCACAUCAAGGCCCCCAAGUUCUCCAUGCCCGACGUUGAUUUCAGCCUGAAAGGCCCCAAAGUCAAAGGUGACAUCGACGUCUCUGUCCCCAAGCUGGAAGGGGACCUGAAGGGCCCCGAAAUCGACAUCAAGGGCCCCAAAGUGGACAUUGAGGCUCCUGACGUGGACAUUCACGGCCCAGAAGGAAAAAUAAAAUUCCCCAAGUUCAAAAUGCCCAAAUUUGGGAUGCCUGGGGUCAAGGCAGAAGGCCCUGAGGUGGACGUGAACCUCCCGACAGGAAACCUGGAUGUGUCUGGCCCCAAGGUGGACAUUGAAGGGCCAGAGGUGGACAUUGAGGGGCCUGAGGGGAAGAUCAAAGGCCCCAAGUUCAAGAUGCCUGAGAUGCACAUCAAGGCCCCCAAGAUCUCCAUGCCCGACAUCGAUCUGAACCUGAAGGGCCCCAAACUGAAGGGGGACGUCGAUGUUUCUGCUCCAAAGCUCGAGGGUGACCUGAAAGCCCCAGACAUCGACAUCAAAGGCCCCAAAGUCGAUGUUGAUCUCCCCGACGUUGAGUUGGAAGGGCCCGAGGGGAAGAUCAAAGGGCCCAAGUUCAAGAUGCCCGAGAUGCACAUCAAGGCCCCCAAAAUCUCCAUGCCCGACGUUGAUUUCAGCCUGAAAGGCCCCAAAAUCAAAGGUGACAUCGACGUCUCUGUCCCCAAGCUGGAGGGUGACCUGAAGGGGCCUGAACUGGACAUCAAAGGCCCCAAAGUGGACAUCGAGGCACCCGACGUGGACAUUCAUGGUCCAGAAGGGAAAAUCAAAAUGCCCAAGUUCAAGAUGCCCAAAUUCGGCUUUUCUGGGCCCAAAGUGGAAGGCCCUGAGGUGGACGUGAACCUCCCCGAGGCCGAGGUCAACAUUUCGGGUCCAAAAGUCGACGUUUCUGUCCCCGAGCUGGACGUGGAAGGCCCCGAAGGGAAACUGAAGGGCCCCAAGCUGAAGAUGCCGGAGCUGCAGUUCAACGUCCCCAAGAUCUCCAUGCCCGACAUCGACCUCAACCUGAAGGGCCCCAAACUGAAGGGCGACCUCGACGCUUCUCUGCCCAGCAUGGAGGGCGAGCUGAAGGGCCCCAAAGUGGACAUCAAGGGGCCGGAGCUUGAGCUGGAGGGGCCGAAGGUGGACCUGGAAGGAAAAGCUAAAAAAUCCAGGUUUAAACUCCCCAAGUUUGGCUUUUCUGGCCCAAAAGUUCAAAGCCCCGAGGUGGAUGUGAAGGUUAAGAAGCCUGAGGUGGAACUGUCCGGGCCGAAAGUCGAGGUCCAGGCUCCGGAUUUGGACGUGCAGGGAAAAUCCAAGGGCUCCAAAUUCAAAAUGCCUUUUCUGAACAUUUCUUCACCCAAAGUGUCGAUGCCGGACGUGGAGCUGAACCUGAAGGGGCACAAGAUGAAGGGGGAGUUUGACGUGUCCACCCCCAAACUGGAGGGGGAGCUGAAGGGGCCUGAGGUGGACAUCAAGGGCCCCAAGGUCAACAUCGAGGCCCCCGACGUGGACGUUCACGGCCCGGAGGGGAAAAUCAAAAUGCCCAAGUUCAAAAUGCCCAAAUUUGGUGUUCCUGGGUUUAAAGGGGAGGGGCCAGAGGUGGACGUGAACCUGCCCACAGGAGAACUGGACGUGUCCGGGCCUAAAGUGGACAUUGAAGGUCCGGAGGUGGACAUUGAGGGGCCAGAGGGGAAGAUCAAAGGCCCCAAGUUCAAGAUGCCCGAGAUGAACAUCAAAGCCCCCAAAAUCUCCAUGCCCGACAUCGACCUCAACCUGAAGGGCCCCAAAGCCAAGGGGGACGUGGACGUGUCCCUGCCCCAGGUGGAGCUGAAGGGACCCAAGGUGGACGUGGAAGUUCCCGACGUCGAUGUCGAGGGUCCGAAAGGGAAAAUCAAAGGCCCCAAAUUCAAAAUGCCCGAGAUGAACAUCAAAGCUCCCAACCUGUCCAUGCCGGACCUGGACCUCAACCUGAAAGGCCCCAAGGUCAAAGGGGGGGUGGACGUCGAUCUGUCCGCGCCAAAAAUCGAAGGGGACCUGAACUUGCCGGACGUCGACAUCAAAGGCCCCAAAGUGGACAUUGAAGGGCCAGAGGUGGACAUUGAGGGGCCUGAGGGGAAGAUCAAAGGCCCCAAGUUCAAGAUGCCCGAGAUGCACAUCAAGGCCCCCAAAAUCUCCAUGCCUGACGUUGAUUUUAACCUGAAGGGCCCCAAAAUCAAGGGUGACAUCGAUGUCUCUGCUCCGAAGAUUGAGGGUGACCUGAAGGGGCCUGAACUGGACAUCAAGGGCCCCAAAGUGGACAUUGAGGCUCCUGACGUGGACAUUCACGGGCCUGAGGGGAAAUUCAAAAUGCCCAAGUUCAAAAUGCCCAAAUUUGGGAUGAAGGGAGAAGGCCCCGAGGUGGACGUGAACCUCCCAAAAGGAGACCUGGAUGUGUCCGGCCCCAAGGUGGACGUUGAGGGGCCAGAGGUGGACAUUGACCUCCCAGAGGGGAAGGUGAAGGGCCCCAAGUUCAAGAUGCCCGAGAUGCAUUUUAAGACCCCCAAGAUCUCCAUGCCUGACAUCGACCUCAACCUGAAGGGCCCCAAAUUGAAGGGGGACGUUGAUGUCUCGGUCCCCAAGCUCGAGGGUGACCUGAAAGCCCCAGACAUCGACAUCAAAGGCCCCAAAGUCGAUGUUGAUCUCCCCGACGUUGAUCUGGAAGGUCCCGAGGGGAAGAUCAAAGGCCCCAAGUUCAAGAUGCCCGAGAUGCACAUCAAGGCCCCCAAAAUCUCCAUGCCCGACUUUGAUCUCAGCCUGAAGGGCCCCAAAGUGAAGGGAGAUGUGGACGUGUCACUGCCAAGCGUGGAAGGAGACCUCAAAGGGCCAAAGGUGGAUGUGAAAGGCCCUGAAUUCGAUGUUUCUGCCCCAGAUGUUCAAAUUGAGGGCCCUGAAGGGAAAAUCAAAGGCCCCAAGUUCAAGAUGCCCGAGAUGCACAUCAAGGCCCCCAAGAUCUCCAUGCCUGACUUUGAUCUCAACCUCAAGGGCCCCAAACUGAAGGGAGAUGUUGAUGUCUCUGUCCCCAAAGUGGAAGGGGACCUGAAAGCCCCAGACAUCGACAUCAAGGGCCCCAAAGUCGAUGUUGAUCUCCCCGACGUGGAGCUGGAAGGGCCCGAGGGGAAGAUCAAAGGGCCCAAGUUCAAGAUGCCCGAGAUGCACAUCAAGGCCCCCAAGAUCUCCAUGCCUGAUGUUGAUUUCAACCUGAAGGGCCCCAAAAUCAAGGGUGACGUGGACGUGUCCCUGCCAAAGCUGGAGGGUGACCUGAAGGGGCCUGAACUGGACAUCAAGGGCCCCAAAGUGGACAUUGAGGCACCCGACGUGGACAUUCACGGGCCUGAGGGGAAAUUCAAGAUGCCCAAAUUCAAAAUGCCCAAAUUUGGGAUGAAGGGAGAAGGCCCCGAGGUGGACGUGAACCUCCCAAAAGGAGACCUGGAUGUGUCCGGCCCCAAGGUGGACGUUGAGAUGCCGAGUGUGGACAUUGAGGGGCCAGAGGGGAAGGUGAAAGGCCCCAAGUUCAAGAUGCCCGAGAUGCACAUCAAGGCCCCCAAAAUCUCCAUGCCCGACAUCGACCUCAAUCUGAAAGGCCCCAAACUGAAGGGCGAUGUCGAUGUUUCCCUUCCCAAAGUUGAAGGAGACCUGAAAGCCCCAGACAUCGACAUCAAAGGCCCCAAAGUCAAUGUGGACCUCCCUGACGUGGGCCUGGAAGGUCCUGAGGGGAAGAUCAAAGGGCCCAAGUUCAAGAUGCCCGAGAUGCACAUCAAGGCCCCCAAAAUCUCCAUGCCCGACGUUGAUUUCAACCUGAAGGGCCCCAAACUGAAGGGUGACAUCGAUGUUUCUGCUCCAAAAUUAGAGGGUGACUUGAAAGGCCCCGAAAUUGAAAUCAAGGGCCCCAAAGUGGACGUUGAUGUGCCAGAUGUGGACAUUCACGGCCCAGAAGGGAAAAUCAAAAUGCCCAAGUUCAAAAUGCCCAAAUUCGGCUUUUCUGGUCCGAAAGUGGAAGGUCCCGAGGUGGAUGUGAACCUCCCAAAAGGAGACCUGGAUGUGUCCGGCCCCAAGGUGGACAUUGAAGGGCCAGAUGUGGACAUUGACCUCCCAGAGGGGAAGGUGAAGGGCCCCAAGUUCAAGAUGCCCGAGAUGCACAUCAAGGCCCCCAAGAUCUCCAUGCCCGACAUUGACCUGAACCUGAAGGGCCCCAAGGUCAAGGGGGACGUGGACGUGUCCCUGCCCAGCGUGGAGGCAGAGCUGAAAGGGCCCGAGGUCAACGUCACUGGCCCCGAGGUGGCCAUGGAGAGCCCCGAGGGCAAAUUCAAACUGCCCAAGUUCAAGAUGCCCAAAUUCUCCAUGCCUGGGUUCAAAGGGGACGGGGUGGACGCUGACCUGAGCCUCCCCAAGGGUGACGUGGCCAUUUCAGGCCCCAGCGUGGACCUGGAGGCUCCUGAGCUGAGCGUGGACGGGAAAGUCAAAGGUCCCAAAUUUUCCAUGCCCGAGAUGCACAUCAAGGCCCCCAAAAUCUCCAUGCCCGAUGUCGAUUUCAACCUGAAGGGCCCCAAAGUGAAGGGGGACGUCGAUGUUUCUGUUCCCAAACUCGAGGGUGACCUGAAAGCCCCAGACAUCGACAUCAAGGGCCCCAAAGUCGAUGUUGAUCGCCCCGAUGUUGAGUUGGAAGGGCCCGAGGGGAAGAUCAAAGGGCCCAAGUUCAAGAUGCCCGAGAUGCACAUCAAGGCCCCCAAAAUCUCCAUGCCCGACGUUGAUUUCAACCUGAAGGGCCCCAAACUGAAGGGUGACAUCGACGUUUCUGCUCCAAAGCUGGAGGGUGACCUGAAGGGGCCUGAACUGGACAUCAAGGGCCCCAAAGUGGACAUUGAGGCUCCUGACGUGGACAUUCAUGGGCCUGAGGGGAAAUUCAAGAUGCCCAAGUUCAAAAUGCCCAAAUUUGGGAUGAAGGGAGAAGGCCCCGAGGUGGACGUGAACCUCCCAAAAGGAGACCUGGAUGUGUCCGGCCCCAAGGUGGACGUUGAGAUGCCGAGUGUGGACAUUGAGGGCCCCGAGGGGAAGAUCAAAGGCCCCAAGUUCAAGAUGCCCGAGAUGCACAUCAAGGCCCCCAAGAUCUCCAUGCCCGACGUUGAUUUCAACCUGAAAGGCCCCAAAAUCAAGGGUGACAUCGACGUCUCUGCCCCCAAGCUGGAGGGGAACCUGCAGUGCCCGGAUGUCGACCUCAAGGGCCCCAGAGUGGACAUUCAGGCCCCGGACGUGACCCUGGAAGGGCCCAAGGUGAAGAUGCCCGAGAUGCACAUCAAGACCCCCCAGAUCUCCAUGCCCGACAUCGACCUCAGCCUGAAGGGGCUGAAGGUCAAAGGUGACGCUGACCUGCACGGCCCCAGGCUCGAGGGGGGCCUCAAGGGCCCCGAGGUCGACAUCAAAGGCCCCAAAGUGGAGCUCGAGGGCCCCGCGGUCGACGUCGAUGGUCUGGAGGGGAAGGUGAAGCUGCCCAAAAUGAAAAUGCCCAAAUUUGGCUUGAAGGGCGAAGGUCCCGAGGUGGACGUGAACUUGCCAAAGGCCGAGGUGGAUCUGUCUGGGCCCAAGGUUGAUCUCAGCCUGCCAGAGGUCAACGUUGAAGGUCCGGAGGGCAAAGUGAAAGGCCCCAAACUGAAAAUGCCCGAAAUGCACGUGAACGUCCCCAAAAUCUCCAUGCCCGAGAUAGACUUGAACCUGAAAGGCCACAAAACCAAGGGCGGCUUUGACAUUUCCACCCCAAAGGUGGAAGGUCACCUGAAAGGCCCCGAGGUCGACCUCAAAGGCCCAGAGUUUGGGGUCAAAGGCCCCGAAGUUGACGUUGAAUGUCCGGAUGUGAACGUCGAGGUUCCAGAAGCCAACAUCAAAGCUCCCAAGUUCAAAAAGUCCAAAUUUGGGUUUGGGAUGAAGACCCCCAAGGCCGAGGUGGAUUUACCUGAGGCCGAGCUGAACGUGGAGUCACCCGAGGCCCACCUGUCCGCCAAGGGCAAGAAGAGCAAGUUCAAGAUGCCCAAAAUCCACAUGAGCGGGCCCAAAGUGAAGGGCAAGAAGGGGGCGUUCGAGGUCAGCGCGGCCGGGGCCGAGCUGGACGCGGAGCUCAGCGCCGCCGGCCCCGACGUGAAAUCCCCCAAGGGCAAGAAACCCAUGUUUGGGAAGAUCUCCUUCCCGGACGUCGAAUUUGACCUGAAAUCGCACAAAUUCCGCGGGGAGGCCUCGGCGGGGGCCCCGAAAGUCGAGGGCGAUCUGGAGGUCAAGGGCGACCUCAACGUGGACGUGGAAGGCCCCGAGGUGAACCUGAAGAGCCCAAAAGUGAAACUGCCCGGGGUCCAGGUGGGCGCGGGGGACGCGAAGGUCGGGGGGGAGCUGAAGGGACCCCCCGGGAUCGGCGUCGAGGUGAAAGGACCAAAAGUGAAAGGUGAAUUCGGCGUGGGCGGGGCACAACUGGAAGGUCCCGAGGUCAACCUGGGAUGGCCCAAGGGGGGCAAAACGGGUUUGGGGCUGGAAAUGCCGGACGUGAGCUCGGAGGUGGACGUGAAGCUCAAAGGGCCCCAGAUCUCCGGAGCUGAGCUGGAGGGGAACCUGAAAGGACCAAAAUUAAAGGGAGAUUUGGACAUUUCGGGCUCCGUGGAAGGGCCUGGGGUGGGCCUGGACCUCGGCGGCCUCGGGGGGAAGGUGAAGCUGCCCACGGUGAAGACCCCGACCCUGGAGGUCCAGGGCGGCAGCCCCUGCUCCGUCCAGUCCCCGGGGGCCAGCCUGGACCUCCAGGGGCCCUCGCUGGACGUCUCUGGCCUGGAUGUGGAUGUCAACACGAAAGGACCAAAGUUGAAAGGAGAGGUUGGCGUCAAAUCCCCCCAGGUGUCGGCGGACGACGCCGGCUUUGAGAUUUUGGGGGGCACCAUCAAGCUCCCGUCGCUGAAGCUGCCCCAGUUCAGCAUCUCCAGCCCCGGAGGGGACGCGGGGCUCGCUCUGGAGGGGCCCCAGGUCAAGGGGGGGCUGGAGGGCCCCGAGGUGGAGCUGAAAGGGCCGAAAUUCUCCUCGCCGGACGCUGAGCUGAGGCUGAAAGGACCAAACGUGGACGUGGCCGGUGAUAUCAAAGGGUCAAAGGUCAGCGUGGACGCCCCUCACGGAGGGGCCGGCGUCCACCUGGAGGCUCCGGCCAUGGAAGUGUCCGGCUCAGGGCUGAACCUCAACGUGAAGGGGCCGAAGGUCAAAGGUGGGGUUGAGGCCACGCCGCCAUCAGUCAGUGCCGCUUCCGGAACCUUCCACGCCUCCUGCCCCAAGCUGGGCGCCGAGGGCGGCCAGGUCAAGGUGUCCUUCCCCAAGCUCCGCAUGCCCAAAUUCGUCUUCUCGGAGCCCGAGCCCAAGGGCCGCGAGGUCGGCGUGGACGUCGAGUUCCCCGAGGCGGAGCCGGACGAGGCCGAGGCGCGGCUGAAGAGAUCCAAGAUCAAGAUGCCCAAAUUCAACUUCUCCAAGCAGAAAGGCCGGGCCGGCGGUGGUGGUGCCACCCUGGGGUCCCCCGAGGCCGCGUCCGGGUCGGCGUCCGGCUCCAAGGCCAGCCUGGAGGGCGAGCUGGAGGCCGAGGCGCCCUCGGGCAAGGCCAAGUUCUCGCUGUUCCGCGGGAAGAAGUCGCGGCCGCGCUCGUCGUCCUUCAGCGAGGCCGAGCCCGAGGGCGCCCGGCAGCCCCGGGGCAAAUUCGGGACCUUCGGGGGCAUCGGCUCCAAGGGCAAGGGCAGCUACGAGGUGACCCCCGGCCACGAGGACGGCGCGAGGUCGCCCCAGGCCGCCCGGCUCUCGUCGUCGUCGUCGUCGUCCGAGGGCGGCGCCCGCGCCGGGGUCCGGCUGCCCGAGCUGGAGCUGGCGGUGGCCAAACGCAAGGAGUGACCGCUGGGGCGGUCAGCGAGUGACCGCCGGGAGGUCAGGAGUGACCACUGCAGGAGUGACCACCUGGAGGCCAUGA